UGAAUUGAAUGUAGCACGCGCGUUAGCCGAAAAUGUGCGUGACCUACUGUAUAUUUAAGAUAAUAUUAAAUAUAUACGUUUUUAUUAUUUAUCCUUGACUUUAUAUACAUUUUUAUCAGGGAAAACCCCCUUUAAAAUUGAAAAUGAAAGUAAACCAUCGGUCAGACCUCGGUGUAGAGAAAGACCGGGGAAUACCUUUAUUUCCUCUGAUCUAGCUGCGGGAGAACAUGCUGGAAUAUUCAGUUUAGUCCGUUAAAAAAAACGAGCGUUUUGAGAGACACUUCAGCAGUUUCUACACAGGCUACAAUAUGGAUAAGCGCCUAGUGGCUGCUCUUGCUGUGUUCACGGACUUGAUGCUGGUCUGUGUGCUGGACCUGGCAGGCACACACCUGAGAGGUGAAGUGAGGAGCUGGGCCGGUGGAGCUGAGCUGCUCUGGCAGUGGACUGAAGCUGUGCUGCGAUGCUCAUUGCUCUUCUCUCUGCUCCACUGCAGUGAUGUGACAGGGCCGGUGAUGAUGAAGAUGAUGAAGCGAUGGAUUCUGGCCCACUGCUUUAUGUGUCCUGUGUAUGAGACAGGUCGCUUAACUCUGUUUGGGAACUGGCCGCUGGAGAAGUUCUCUCUGUGGCUGCUCGGCAGUGUGGCAGCCGCUCUGGGAUGCCUGUUUUGGGAGACGCUCUUACCAGAGUCUAACGGGGAAAGCAGCAGCAAAGAAAAGAAGCAGAAAGCUCGAGUGCUCUUCAAGAGAGUCAUCAUCCUCUACAAACCUGACUACCUUUAUUUAAUCGGGGCAUCUGGCUUUCUAGCCCUAGCUGUCCUCUGUGAGAUGUUUAUUCCACUGUACACAGGAAAGCUGAUCGAUAUCCUGCAGACUAAAUACAGCUGGGAUCAAUUUCUUUCCGCAAUAAUAUUAAUGACGUUUUUCUCUUUUGGAAGUUCUUUCAACGCAGGCUGUCGAGGAGGCCUCUUCAUGUGUGCGAUUGGCAGCUUUGUGUGUAGAGUAAAGCAUCAACUGUUUAGCUGUUUGCUUAAGCAGGAGAUUGGCUUCUUUGAGACUACAAAGACAGGUGACAUCACAAGCAGACUGUCCACAGACACCAAUCUCAUGGCCCGAGCUGUUGCCCUAAAUGUAAACGUCCUUCUACGAACCCUUAUUAAGACCCUGGGGAUGCUGUACCUGAUGUUUAGUCUUUCCUGGAAGCUCACCGUGUUGAUGCUUUUGGAGACGCCUUUGACUGGACUACUACAGAACAUCUAUGACACACACUAUCAGAGACUUUCAAAGAAGGUGCAGGACUCCAUAGCAAGGGCAAAUGAUGCUGCUGGAGAGGCUGUGUCAGGAAUCAGGACGGUAAAGAGCUUUAACGCAAAGCAGAGUGAGCAGGGUCGCUAUGAUGAGCGGCUGAUGGACACGCAUAAUAUAAAGACUCAGCGGGACACAGUCAGAGCACUGUACCUCCUAUUGAGAAGGCUCACAGAGUUGGGAGUGAAGGUGGCUAUGUUAUACUAUGGUCGCUUGUUUGUCACGUACGGACAGAUGACCACGGGAAAUCUUGUCUCCUUCAUCCUUUACCAGACAAGUCUUGCGCAAAACAUUAGGACAUUGAUUUACAUAUUUGGGGACAUGCUGAACUCUGUGGGUGCUGCCGGAAAGGUGUUUGAGUACCUCGAUCGCAAGCCUGAGGUGAGCAGUAAUGGAAUGCUGAAGCCACAGGACCUGAAGGGACACAUCAGCUUCCAGAACGUCACCUUUUCUUAUCCAACACGUCCUGACCGCAGUGUGCUAAAGAACUUCAGUUUGGAGCUAAAACCAGGUAAAAUGACUGCCCUGGUGGGGAUUUCUGGGGGUGGGAAAACAACUUGUGUCAGUCUGCUGCAGAGGUUUUACCAGCCUCAGCAUGGACAGAUCCUUCUUGAUGGAGAGCCUCUGCAGAACUAUCAGCACGAAUACCUGCACCGCAAGCUUGUUGCAGUGGGCCAGGAACCUGUUCUCUUCUCCGGUACCGUACGGGACAAUAUUGCUUACGGACUGCCGGGGUGUUCACUCAAGAGGAUAGAGGAGGCAGCACGCAAAGCCAACGCACAUGAAUUCAUCUGCCAGUUAGAGAAAGGUUAUGACACAGAUGUAGGAGAACGAGGAAGUCUUCUCGGCAGCAGUCAGAAGCAGCGCAUUGCCAUUGCCAGAGCUCUAAUCAGACAGCCACAAGUUAUAUUACUGGAUGAGAUCACAAGCUUUCUGGACCCCGAGAGUGAACAAGCGGUCCAACAAGCCCUGGCUAACUGCCCCGAUCAGACCUUACUGGUGAUUGCACACAGGCUGAAGACGAUUGAGAAGGCGGAUCAGAUUAUUGUGAUUGACCAGGGGGAGAUUGUGGAGGAAGGCAGUCAUCAGGAACUCAUGGAGAAAGAAGGAUAUUACUACAAACUGAAAGAAAAACUCUUUACUGAAAAUAACAGUAACAACAAUAAUAUCUUAUUGAGCAGUAUUGAGCUUAGUUCGCUCAGCUGCUUCAUUAGUGAAGAACAUUUCCUACAACAUGUCGAGCACCUUCUACGAUUUACUCUGGAUCUCCACAAUGGUGUCAAAACGGCAAUCUUCGAGCUGGAUGUUCAUCUUCAGAAAAAAGGGCAAGUCCGCAGGAGUCAUAUCUGCGAGCGCUUUGAGAGACACUUCAGCAGUUUCUACACAGGCUACAAUAUGGAUAAGCGCCUAGUGGCUGCUCUUGCUGUGUUCACGGACUUGGUGCUGGUCUGUGUGCUGGACCUGGCAGGCACACACCUGAGAGGUGAAGUGAGGAGCUGGGCCGGUGGAGCUGAGCUGCUCUGGCAGUGGACUGAAGCUGUGCUGCGAUGCUCAUUGCUCUUCUCUCUGCUCCACUGCAGUGAUGUGACAGGGCCGGUGAUGAUGAAGAUGAUGAAGCGAUGGAUUCUGGCCCACUGCUUUAUGUGUCCUGUGUAUGAGACAGGUCGCUUAACUCUGUUUGGGAACUGGCCGCUGGAGAAGUUCUCUCUGUGGCUGCUCGGCAGUGUGGCAGCCGCUCUGGGAUGCCUGUUUUGGGAGACGCUCUUACCAGAGUCUAACGGGGAAAGCAGCAGCAAAGAGAAGAAGCAGAAAGCUCGAGUGCUCCUCAAGAGAGUCAUCAUCCUCUACAAACCUGACUACCAUUAUUUAAUCGGGGCAUCUGGCUUUCUAGCUCUAGCUGUCCUCUGUGAGAUGUUUAUUCCGCUGUACACAGGAAAGCUGAUCGAUAUCCUGCAGACUAAAUACAGCUGGGAUCAAUUUCUUUCCGCAAUAAUAUUAAUGACAUUUUUCUCUUUUGGAAGUUCUUUCAGCGCAGGAUGCCGAGGAGGCCUCUUCACGUGUGCUAUCGGCAGCUUUGUUUGUAGAGUGAAGCAUCAACUGUUUAGCUGUUUGCUUAAGCAAGAGAUUGGCUUCUUUGAGACUACAAAGACAGGUGACAUCACAAGCAGACUGUCUUCAGACACUAAUCUCAUGGGUGAAGCUGUAGCCCUAAAUGUAAACAUCCUUCUGCGAACCCUUAUUAAGACCCUGGGGAUGCUGUACUUGAUGUUUAGUAUUUCCUGGAAGCUUACUGUAUUGAUGCUUUUGGAGACGCCUUUGACUGGACUACUACAGAACAUCUAUGACACACAUUACCAGAAACUUUCACAGAAGGUGCAGGACUCCAUAGCAAGAGCAAAUGAUGCUGCUGGAGAGGCUGUGUCAGGAAUCAGGACGGUUAAAAGCUUUAACGCAAAGCAGAGUGAGAAGUGUCGCUAUGAUGAGCGGCUGAUGGCAACACAUAAUAUAAAGACUCAGCGAGACUCAGUCAGAGCACUGUACCUCCUCUUAAGAAGGCUCACAGAGUUGGGAGUGACUGUGGCUAUGUUAUACUAUGGUCGGCUGUUUGUGAUGUAUGGACAGAUGACCACGGGAAAUCUUGUCUCAUUCAUUCUUUACCAGACAGAGCUUGCAGAAAACAUUAGGACAUUGAUUUACAUAUUUGGAGACAUGCUAAACUCUGUGGGUGCUGCUGGAAAGGUGUUUGAGUACCUGGACCGUAAGCCUGAAGUGAGCACAGAUGGAACACUGGAGCCAGAGGAACUAAAGGGACACAUCAGCCUCCAGAACAUCACCUUCUCUUAUCCAACACGUCCUGACCUUAAUGUGCUUGAGGACUUCAGUUUGGAGCUGAAACCCGGUAAAAUGACUGCCCUGGUGGGGAUUUCCGGUGGUGGGAAAACAACUUGUGUCAGUCUGCUGCAGAGGUUUUACCAGCCUCAGCAUGGACAGAUCCUACUUGACGGACGGCCUCUGCAGAACUACGAGCACAAAUACCUGCACAGCAAGCUUGUUGCAGUGGGACAGGAACCUGUUCUCUUCUCCGGUACCGUACGGGACAAUAUUGCUUACGGACUGCCGGAGUGUUCACUCAAGAGGAUAGAGGAGGCAGCACGCAAAGCCAACGCACAUGAAUUCAUCUGCCAGUUAGAGAAAGGUUAUGACACAGAUGUAGGAGAACGAGGAAGUCUUCUCGGCAGCAGUCAGAAGCAGCGCAUUGCCAUUGCCAGAGCUAUAAUCAGACAGCCACAAGUUAUAUUACUGGAUGAGAUCACAAGCUUUCUGGACCCCAAGAGUGAACAAGCGGUCCAACAAGCCCUGGCUAACUGCCCCGAUCAGACCUUACUGGUGAUUGCACACAGGCUGAAGACGAUUGAGAAGGCGGAUCAGAUUAUUGUGAUUGACCAGGGGGAGAUUGUGGAGGAAGGCAGUCAUCAGGAACUCAUGGAGAAAGAAGGAUAUUACUACAAACUGAAAGAAAAACUCUUUACUGAAAAUAACAGUAACAACAAUAAUAUCUGUUGAUGUGAAAGAAAAGGAAAUCUCUUGAACUGCAAAACUUUGACAGCUGACACCUCACCAGCCUAGAAUAAUAAUAAUAAUAAUAAUAAUAAUAAUAAUACAUCUGCACAAUACACAAUCAGCAUCACAUUAUUAAUGGUAGUCUACUGUUAUUAGACAGUUUAAAUUAUUAAGUAUAAGGUAUUAUAA